UUCACUAACAGCAGGCUAAUAACAAAACGGUGUGUAUUGUUUGUUAGGGCAGCAAGACAAGCCAGACAUCGUCUUCUUCGCCAGGGCUCCUGCAACUCAGAAAACUCGUCGCAAGGCUAAGCUAACAUAUCUACCUAGCCGGUCAGCAGCCCAGCCUGCCCUCUGUGUAGAACCACCCCUUGCAGUCGCUCUUAUCUCCACUCCAGCCACCCUCCUCACUCCUCACCUUCAGCCAUACCCAUGCCCCAUUGCUGCCGCCGCUGCUAGCUUUUGUAGGCGCAUCAAUGGCGGGAGGCAAAACAAAGAAAGAGAAGGCGAGGCCAGCAGGGCACACGCCUUACCAAGGAGGCAUAUCGUUCCACAAGUCCAAAGGACAGCACAUACUCAAGAAUCCGUUACUGGUGGACUCCAUAGUCCAGAAGUCAGGUAUCAAAUCCACCGAUGUCAUCCUAGAGAUUGGUCCUGGUACUGGUAAUCUCACCAAGAAGCUUCUAGAAGUUGGUAAGAGGGUAAUUGCUGUUGAGAUUGACGCUCGAAUGGUUCUCGAGCUGCAGAGACGAUUUCAGGGCACUCCUCACUCCAACCGCUUGCAGGUUAUUCAAGGAGAUGUGCUAAAGACUGAGCUUCCCUAUUUUGAUAUAUGCGUAGCAAAUAUCCCUUAUCAAAUCUCAUCUCCCCUCACAUUCAAGUUAUUGAAGCACCAACCUGCUUUCAGAUGUGCCAUUAUAAUGUUCCAAAGGGAAUUUGCAAUGAGACUGGUUGCGCAGCCUGGUGACAAGCUCUACUGUCGUCUUACCGUCAACACGCAACUCUUGUCUCGGGUCUCCCACCUCCUCAAAGUUGGAAGGAACAACUUUCGCCCUCCGCCUAAGGUAGAUUCCUCUGUCGUUCGAAUUGAACCCAGGAAACCGCCUUUUGAAGUGAACCAAAAGGAGUGGGAUGGCUUUUUGCGGAUCUGUUUCAAUAGGAAGAACAAAACGCUUGGCUCAAUUUUUAGGCAGAAAAGUGUCAUCAAUUUACUAGAGAAGAAUUACAAGACCUUGCAGGCACUUAAUCUUGCACCAGCCCAACAAGGUGCCUUGGAGGAUACUAAUGAUGUGAUGGAUUUUUCAGAUGAGGACAUAGAGAUGGAUGAUGAUGGAGUGGAUGAUGGAAUGGAAGUGGAGGAUGGUAAUGCAGAAGGGGAGGUAUCCGAAUUCAAAAAAAAGGUUUUGAGCGUGUUGAAGAAGGCUGGUUUCGAAGGGGAGAGGUCCUCCAAGCUCAAAUUACAGCAAUUCUUGGACCUGCUUUCCGAGUUCAACAAGGAUGGUAUACACUUCUCCUAAAUUGGGACCCAAAUGUUUUGUCUGUUAAGAUUAUACCCAACCCAAUUUUGUUAGGUUUCAAGUCUUUCUCUUGUUUUAUUUAUUUUGGUUUUUAAUGUUUUAUAAGAGGGUACGAUUGCAUAAUUUAGUUAGGCAUGUGGAUGGUUUUCCAAUUCCCCUUUUCUAAUGCAUCUCUAUCUCCAUCUCUAUUAUUAUAAGGACAGUUACUCCUCUUUGUGUUGAGAUUUUAUUUGAAGUUUGUUGCCCUAUUUUGUUGA